AUGGGCUGUCUCAACUCAAAAGCAGUUGCAGAGAAAUCCAAGACCCCGGCCGGGACAGGGUCUGACCGCCGCUACGGGAACACCGCAGGUAAAGGCCAGGACAAAAAUAAGGCCAUCACGAACGAUAAGGCGCCAAAGGCGACUGCAAACGCCGCCGCGCAGGAAGCCAAGGGAGAUGGAAAGGCCGGUGAAGCAGACGCCGCGAAGACGACGCAGGUGGCGGCGGAGCAGUUCCUGCGGUCGAUUUUGGAAGGCACAGAGCACUUCAUCACGGGUCUGCCCGACACGCAAGCGGUCAAGCAGGUCGUCACGCUGACCUUCACCAACUCCUGCGCGGAGGUGACGCGUACGAAGUUUCGCAUGAAGCUGGAUGCGAUUACCGACCUCAUUGCCUCUCUAGCGCUGCAGCUCAAACUGCCGCUGAUUGAGGCGUCGGUCGCGUUGGUGGAGGAGCGCGCCAUGGACGACGGCUUCUCGCGCAUUCUGCUCGCGUGGUUCUCCAACAACCCGACGUAUGCCAAGAAGAUCCCCAUGGCAGCCGGGCAGGCGGUGCUCGACACGUUGUACAUUCGCUAUGUUGUUAAUAAAGCCGUCUCCUUCGAGGACAUCCUAGCCUACUACCUUCGCUGGAUCUCCGCCAACGAGGCCGCGUUUGAGCUAUUUAACAAGUUCACCGAUGGGAAGGAGCUGAUGUCGACGGAGCAGUUGAGCAGGUUUCUGCGCGAGACGCAGCUUAUCGAGGUCACAGACCGGCAGAUUGUGGAAAAGUUCAAGUACCGCUUUGGCGGUGGCGUCCACAAGUACAACUUUGGCGGCUACAACAGCAGCGUGCUCACGAACAACGCCAUUGACCCGUCGAGGACGUCGAAUGUGUGGCAGGACAUGACGCAGUCCUUCACCCAUUACAUGGUCUCGUGCGCACGCAUUGAGACGGAGGAGGACAUGAAGCGCGUGGUGGCGGACGGCACUCGGGCUCUGGUUCUAAACAUCAAGAAAGCCGCCGAUGGAAAGCUGACGGUGGGCUCGUGCGAGUUCCGCGCUAUCCUGGAAAGCGUAAAGAAGAACUGUUUUGUCACGAACACCUAUCCAAUCGUCCUCUGCCUCUCCCCCAAUGCGCCGAUGCCGCUGAACGUGCAGGACGAGGUAGCACAGCAAAUAAACGAGAUUCUUGAAUCCAUCGUGGCGGAAGGACUCAUGUUUGAGGGGGCGAUGAUCAACGACCCGAAGUUUAGCCCCGGCGCGCUGCGCAAGAAGGUGCUCAUUAUGAGCUAUCAGAGCCGCCUGAAGCCGUUCAUCGGAUUCUUGGUGGCGGAUAUGAACAAGGACGGCCUCGGUGUCCGCGUCACCGAUGUGAUGGAAUACACACCGGCGGCGAAGGGCGGCGUGCUCAAGGAUGACUGGCUCACACACAUCAAUGGGCAGCCCAUCCAGAACAAACUGCACCUCCGCGAGUGCCUUGGGAAGCUCAAGGUGGGGGAUGAGUUCACGGUGCGCCGCGAGAACCUGGACGAGAUCAAGAUUGUUGUGGGCGGCGCCAUCGAUCCGCAGGACACGACGGCCUCGGCGGCCCUCUCUAGCAUCACCUUCUUCAAGUACUCGGAUGGCACGGACCCGAAGCCGUGGGACACGGAGCGCGUCCCGGCGUCGAGCCUUGCAACAGUCAAGCUGACGCGAAAAGACCUCGCCACCCACUUUGCGUUCUGCACCAUCAACUCCAACCAGAUCACCAAAGAGAUGCCAGACCCAGAGGGGCUGGCUGCGCAACUGGGCAUUGAAUUUGUCGACAUCGACAACACCGAGCGGUGCCUGUCGUGGGGGCGCGGUCGCUUCUGCGACAAUGGGCGCUGCGGCUACCUUUUGAAGACUGACGUUGACAGUGCCAAGUGUCCUGAUUUGACGAUCAACGUCAUCUGCGGUCCGCGCCUCUUCAACUGUGCCCCUGUGUCCGCAGUGAAGACGACGGUGCACGGCAGUGGCGAGGCCCGGGUGAGUGGUAGUCAGGUGUCCUUCACCGAAUGCAACCAGGCCACGAUUGCCGUAGUCACUAUGACGUUCGAGAUCAACGGUGCGGAGCGCUCUUUCACCUCGUCCUUCUGCCCUGGUCUGCUUCGUCCGGGCUACCGCGCCCUACCCACCAUCCCCAGCGGGGAGGAGCGCGCCGCCAAGCCGCAGAUUCACAGUGUCUACUGCUUUAUCAAGUAA